AGAAGAGAAGCAUUCGUAAAUAGAGUUUCUUGGCGUCAAGUCGCUCUCGUCUUUGUCUUUGGCAUCUUCAUUCGCUUGUCUUGGUCCUGGCGUUCCUGCAAUUAUGUGAACCGUUCAAGUUUUAUCAAGCAUCUUUUCUCACGACAUUUGAACAAGUGUUAUUCAGCGCAAGAAUUCAGCUCCAGAAUUUUUAUAGCUUCUCUGUAACGGAGGUUGUCAAAUUACCAAUAGUGCAAAUUAUACCCGACGGUUGCCUUCAAGUUUGGAGCUUAUCUUUGCUACCCAUCAAAACCAUAAGCAGAAAUCAGGAUUCACAAAGCACGUCCAGACCGGUCGUCAUCCGAACACAUCAAUUUAUAUUACUUGGUUGAAAGAGUGCACACAUAUUCAUUUGCGUGCUGGGUUCUUUUCGCAGCUCUGACUUCCCACAAAAAAUAAGAGGUUAUUCCACCUUCAAAAUCCACAACAGGCACACAUCCCAAAUAACCAUCGGCCUUGGUUAUUUUCACUUUUCAAAAAUGUUGAAACCCAAAAAGCACUUGAUCAUCCUCUUCUUAUCAUUGCUUCAAAUCAAUGCAAGUUUAAGUGAAAACCUUUCCCAACACCAUCAGUCCUUGGAAGACACGGGAACAAAGAGUUACUCCGAACAUGGGGGCAGAAGAAACGCUGUAUUGCUAAAGCGUCAAACUGGUUCAUUCGGGUUCCAACACAACAGUCUUCCAACCACGGGAAACUACUACCCCAGCAGCAAUUUCGGAAGUGGGAGUGGGCGUUAUGACCCUGUUCGUGGCAAUGGUCUUGGCUCCAGUCCGAACAGUUUGAGGGGUGACCGGGACUACUACCCGUCUUCAUAUCCCAGCAGUGGUCGCAGCAGUGGGGGCAGUAGUGGCAUUAUUGGUGGUGGCUACUACGGGAAUUAUCGAGAUGACUACAGAGAUCGGGGAGAUUAUCGGGGAGGAGAUCGUGACCGGCAACCAUACUACGACGAUUAUCGAUACAAUGGUUACCAAAGUGCUAGGGAUCGAGAAGCAGCAGCCGCACAGACUCAAGAAUUCGUUAUGCGCAAUGGGCAACAACGCCAUGCAGAAUACCAGAAACGAAUUGGGCAGUCAGGUCAGGAAUAUUAUGACCCCUUCUACUUCAUUGGGCUUCGCAACAAGCAGGCCGGACUGGAUGCUGGAUUGCCACCUUCUUCUUCGUCUGGUGGUGGCCUUGGAGGAUUCCCUUCGUCAUUCCCUCCCCCACCAUCGUCACCCUCGUCGUCUUCAUCAUCCUCUUCUGCUUCAUUGGGAAACGCACUGAUUUCGCCCACGUCCGCAACCUCUUCUUCUGGCCCAAACGGCCCAAACUCCAAUUCAAACCAACCAUCAUCACCUUCUGCACUUGCCUCCCAUCCACUGAGAAACCGGAGGAACUCGCAGCGCCAUCGACACCACAACGAUGACGAAUUUUACAAUAAUGAGCUCAGCGGCGACAAAUACGAAUUGAUGAGUGCGCCCAAAAAUGCUUAUCCGACAAAUAUGAUGAUGAUGCAACAGCGGAACAGUCAUCGUGACCAUCAGCACCACCACCGUUGGGCCAAUCUUGACCAACAGUUCUUGACAAGGGAGCAGCUUGUUAGACAUCCCGAUUCCAGGGUACACUAUCCUCCGCACAACCGCAUAGACCGCUACGGAUCUUCCAUUUCCGCUGCGUCCGGCCAACCAUGGAGCGUGCGGAUAGGAACGCAGCUGAAAGUGAACGACGAUGGGAGGUCACCACACCCCCACCGUUUCUACGUCAGGGACGAAAUCAACCCAGGCAGGAACAGAUCUCGAUAUCCAGGUCCCAUAUACAGAAAAAAGUGAGGAUUAUGUACGUACAUAACCCGGACUGUGCAUAUUUUAUAGUGUUUUUGUAACAUGUAAGGCAACUAUUUAGCGAGUAGUAGUAGUUUUUUAAGUACGUUAUUUUUAAUACAUAGAUUUAUUUAGCUUACGUCAAAAUUGCAGUAUUUCUGACAAUUUAUAGCAAAAUGUGAUCCCUCCAUUGUACAUAGGUUAGACGUACAUACUUAUGCAUACAAAAAAGAUAUAAUAGGUACAUGUAACUACAAAUUCACAGCACAUUUCAACCCAUUCUCUCCCGUACAAUUGCAAUUUUCAUUGGAUUAUGAUUACUGUAAGCAUCUUUGUAGGGGGGAUAAUCUGGUAGCAAAAAGGUGAGCAUUAAAUUUUCAUGGUGCUUUUGUACAUUAAAUAGCAAUCCCUGGGAUUAAUAAUACAAUUAACUACUUAUUGUUAGUUAUAGGAAUAUUAUGACGUAUGUUGUAGUGAAAUUAUGUUACCAGUAUUAUUUUAUCUGUGGCAGAUUUUAUACAAUCUGAAACUGCAAUCUGACAGAAUAAGUGAUACACAUCUUCAUUUCUGUGAAUAACUUCAAUGCAUACCUUAUUUAAUUAACUUUUUGUUAAAGGAAUAUAUAUUGUAUUGUGUUAAAUGUGUGUAUGUAUCUCCAAACAAAAGGACAAUAAACUUGACAUUGACAUAGUCAUUUUUAAAUUUG